AUGGCUGAUUUGUGUCAAUGGGAAGUAGUGAUGCAGAACACUAUUGUAAAUAUUCGGAGUACAUUAUUACAAUUGCACAAAUUAUGGGAAGAAAUAGGAUUCACGGAAGAAGCGCGUUCAAUAUAUUGCGAACAGGCUUUCACCCAUAUAAAUGAUCUGCUGCGUGAUAUGGUUGCAGAAACGGAGUUAAAAAAAGAAAGAAUAAUAAGCAAUGUUAAAGAAUUAAUGGAGCAAAUUGCUAUAUUAACCAAUGAAUUAGGAACAGAUAUUGUAACUACAGGAUAUGAACAUUUACCAUUGAAAGAAGUGGAGCAACUGCUGUGCACUGAUUUGCAGAAACUACAAUAUUGCAAAGAACAACGUGUUACACAUUUCAAGGAAUUACGUGCAAAGGAGAGAUCACUUUGUAAAGUGUUAGGCAGUCAACCUAUUAAUAUGGAAGAAAAAUUACCUUCAGAGGAAGAGCUUAAUAGUUUCAAACUUUAUCUAGAAAAACAAGAAGGUGAAAAAAAUCGUUUAGAAUCAAUUUUUAAGGAAAUGCGUAGAGCAAUUAUUAAAAUGAUGGAUGAUUUAGGCAUAUCUCCAUUAUCAAAUUUUGAACAUUUAAUAUAUAAAGAUAGUGAAAAUUUUGUCUUUAGCAGUAACAACAUGACUAAAUUAAGAGAGCUUCGAGAUAAACUGAAAGAAGAAGUGGAUACAGCAAGAGAACAUACAGAAGAUAUUAAGAAGGAAUUAAUUGCAUUAUGGAAAUAUCUGGAUGAACCUGAACACAUUUGUCAGGCAUUUUUAAACAGUUAUAUAGGAUAUAGUGCAGCAACUAUAAAUGCAUUAACUGCAGAACUAGACAAAUGUAAAGAGAAAAGGAAGCAAAAUAUUGCUAAAUAUGUAGCACAAGUAAGGUCUGAAUUGGUCAAGUUAUGGGACUUGUGUAAAUUCAGUGAAGGACAAAGGAAGCAAUUUAUACAUUUUAAUUCUCAUACAUAUACAGAAGAUUUAUUAACAUUGCAUGAUCUUGAAGUAAAAAGAGUACAAGAGUUUUAUGAGACCAAUAAGUCUAUAUUUGAACUCUUAGAAGAACGUAGUAACUUAUGGACAAAAAUGAAGGAGUUAUUACAACGUGCAAAUGCUCCAGAUCGUUUUUAUAAUCGUGGUGGUCAAUUAUUAAUGGAGGAGAAAGAGAGAAAGACAAUUCAGAAAAAAUUGCCAAAAAUUGAAGAGCAACUAAGGAAUUUAAUAACAGAACAUGAAACUAUGUAUGGGGAAGCAUUUACUAUAAAUGGUAGGUCCAUAGAAGAGCUAUUAAAAGAAUCAUGGGAAAAUUUGAAUGAAGAAAAGGAAACAAUAAAAAAGGCUAGAAAAGAGGCAAAAGAUAAGUCAAUUAGAAAAGUAACACCAAGUGUUAAAAAAAUUGUUUUAAGUGCAUCAAAGAAAACACCAAGUAUAUUAAGUACACGUCGCCAUACCCCAUUGAAUUCUACAAAAAGGAGACUGUUAUUUACUCCUUCUCCAAAUACAUCUGCAAAACGUAGAAAUGUGAGCAUAACAUCAAAUGGUUCCAAAAUUAAAAAAGGUGGAAAAGUUUUAAAGAAAACAUUACAAUCUGGAAAUAAAAUAAAUAAAAGUAUUCAUAGGAAAGAAAAUUCUAUAUCACAGAGUUCAGCUGCUACAGAUACAACAUAUAGUCUAUUUAAAGAACAUUUAGAGGACAGGCAAGAACUACGUAGUUCUUUAUUGCAUGAUAAAAUAUUAGCAAAUGCAGCUAAAUCCAAAAUGAAGACACCAAUAAGAACACCUGCUAAGCCAUUACGAAAAAAUUUACCAAUAGCAACAACACCAAUAGUAACUACUCCAAAGUUGUCACAUUCACAGUUACAUAAAUCACCUCGCAGCCCUAGAAUUGUACCACCAACAAGACUUGCCACUGUAUCAACACCCUUGCCCAUAAUUUUUUGA